AUGUCCCAUCUCAAGGAGAAGAUCGACCACUUGGAGGAUCACUUGAGAGAUACUCGUAUCAGCGAGAAGGCGCACCACUUAAAACACAGAGUUGGCAAGUUCUUUAACAUUGUGAACCCAAACCACCGUCAUGAUGAGGAACAUGAGCAACAAACCGACAAGAAGAGGUCUGCGAUCUGCGAAAUAAAUCGGUUCAAGUCCUUUGCGCCAGCUCGUGCAGGAAACAGGGUAAAAUGGUAUGUCGAUGCUCUCGACUACCUUUGGGCUGCUUCUGUCGCCCUGGAGCAAGCGAAGGAGGUAAUCUACAUUGAAGAUUGGUGGCUUUCGCCAGAGCUGUUUUUACGAAGACCGCCCUUCAAAACACAGGAGUGGAGAUUAGACCAUAUUCUCAAGCGCCGUGCUGAAGCCGGCGUAAAAAUCUACGUGAUUGUAUACAAGGAGGUGAACCAAGCACUGACAUGUAACUCAGCCCACACAAAGCAUGCUCUGCGGGCUCUCUGUCCGGAGGGAAGCCCUGGACACGGCAACAUUAGCAUCCUUCGUCAUCCAGAUCAUAACGUAUUCGAGAAUGCAGCGGAUAUGACAUUGUAUUGGGCACAUCACGAAAAGUUUAUUGUGAUCGACUAUGAACUCGCGUUCAUUGGAGGCAUUGACCUUUGUUUCGGCAGGUGGGAUGCAAAUCAACAUCCACUAGCUGACGUCCAUCCAUCAAACCUUAGAAUGGAGAUAUUCCCAGGACAGGACUUCAAUAAUAAUCGCAUCAUGGACUUCCAGAGCGUCGGCGAAUGGCAGAAAAAUGAACUCAGCAAGACCGACUACGGCCGGAUGCCAUGGCAUGAUGUUGCCAUGGGUUUGGUUGGCGACUGUGUCUAUGACAUUGCCGAACACUUUGUCCUCCGGUGGAACUUUAUCAAGCGGGACAAGUAUAAGCGGGACGAGGGCGUUGAUUGGCUUCUGCUGGAAGGUCGUACUGGGGAAAAUGAGGAUCUCGUCGGGGUUCAGCGCCCAAAGUAUCCAGUCGGUGACUACGUGCAGCAUCCCUUUUCGCCCUUGAGCACCAAGCCUCGAGGCCAGCAAGGAUCUUGUCAAGCACAAAUUGUGCGUAGCAGUGCUGAUUGGAGCAGUGGGAUUCUCGUCGAACACAGCAUUCAGAAUGCUUACAAGGAGGUCAUCAGUAAAGCGGAGCAUUUCGUUUAUAUUGAGAACCAGUUCUUCAUUACUGCCACUGGCGAUCAGCAAGGUCCGAUCCUCAACACAAUAGGACGCUCUAUCGUUGAGGCUUGCGUCAGAGCCGGCAAAGAGGGAAGAAAGUUUCGAGUAAUAAUUGUGAUACCCGCUAUUCCCGGAUUCGCCGGAGACCUCCGACAGAAGGAAGCCACAGGGACACGGGCUAUAAUGGACUAUCAGUACAAGUCAAUCAAUCGAGGAGAGCACUCCAUUUUUGGCCAAAUCGCGGCUCAGGGGGUUGAUCCGACAAAUCACAUAUUCGUUUUCAAUCUGCGGGCGUACGAUCGAAUCAACAAAACGCCGGCUCUAGAAGAGCUGGAGAAAGAAGCAGGGGUGACCUUCCAUGACAUUCAACGUGGCGUUGCAGAAACCCUUGCAAGCGAGAGUGUUCACCCAUCCAUCGGUAAGGAAGGCGAUACGAACGAGGUUAGCUACGAGGACUCGCAGAAGGAGAAAGAAGAACGCAUCUCCAGGUUGCAGAAAUAUGAGGAGCGAAACAAAGCUCACGAAUCCAGCCACACUGCCAAUAACAAAGAUUCCCUUGCCCAUGUCACGAUGCUCAACGCGGGCAAGCUAUCUGAUGAAGUCUGGGAAGGUGAUCCCGAGGCGGAGAAAGAGAACUUCGUCCAGGAGGAGCUGUAUGUGCAUGGCAAGGUUUGCAUCGUUGACGAUAGGGUGGCGAUCUGCGGCAGUGCAAAUAUCAACGAUCGAUCCCAACUCGGUUAUCACGAUAGUGAGCUAGCCAUUGUCGUCGAAGAUCAAGACACGAUCGAGAGCACGAUGGACGGAAAGCCUUACAGGGCAGCUCGCCUUGCCGCAACCCUUCGGCGGCAGUUAUGGCGCGAGCACCUUGGCCUGCUCCCAGCGCAAGACUAUGAUGCCUCGAAGCAUCCAAAUGCGCAGCCACCAAAUGCCUGCAUGAAUGAAAUUCUAGAGGGCCCCGAGAACGACUUCGUCGCAGACCCCAUGAAUGAUGAUCUCUGGAACACCUGGACAGAGCAGGCUACUGUCAACACUGACAUCUACCGGCAACUCUUCCGUACCGAUCCAGACGACAAUGUGCGAACUUUUGAAGAUUAUGAUAGAUACCGGGCCAAGGACGGCUACAAGCUUGGCCACCUGUACGACCCAUUCGUGCCUGUCAAGGAGGUCCGCGAGAAGCUCGAUAAGAUCAAGGGCCAUUUGGUCUGGAUGCCUCUAGACUUCCUGAAGGAUGCAGAGAUGGCCGAGCCCGGUUUGCAGGUGAACCAGUAUACUGAAAGCAUCUACACAUAA